CCAAAGUAUCCAACGAGUGUUGUGUUUCGUGUCUGUAUUCGACAUUGUGUCGGACAUGACACAUUAAUUUUUUAGAAGUGUCCGUACUUAUUAUCAUUUAGGUGGCAUUUGGUAAUGUUUAUAAUUUACCAUGUUUAUUUUUCUUUAUCAGAUGAUGACUGCAUGAUAAUCCAGGAAAAGUCGAGUAAUUCAUUAAUGAGUUAGCUAGAAAAACUUGCACAAAGUGUUUCUACUUCGACUCUACCACAACAAAUUGUGGGGGGAACAUGUGGAGAUGGUACAAGUUUUUUAUGACCAAGAUUAGAAGAAAUGUUUGAAUUAUUGUGCUUUCCAUAUUGUUUCACAUACCUAAUUAUUAUCCAGUUGCUAAAUAUACUUAAUUCUCUACUUUAUACAAAACUUAGAAUCAAAUUUAUUUAUUUUUUCAGAUGGCACCAUCACGAUAUUUGGGGGAAUAGAGAGUGAAUCUACUAUUAAUUGGCAAGAAAUCCCUAAAGAAGAUAUCACAACUUUUCUUGACUUACUGGUAAAACUUGUGUGACUCCCCUUCUAUUUCUUGGAUUCUUUCAAAGACCACUGGUUCAGUGGUUAAGAUUUGGUCCCUCAACCUUGAGGUUGUAGGUUCAAACCUGAGGGCAGCCACUUUGUACACUUAAGGCGUCAUUUGGUUUGGACUAAAAAAGCUUCUUUUUAAAAAGACAAAAGUAAGUUUGUUUUCGGUUAAAAAGCAACUAAAAAAAAACUAAAAAAGCCAACUUUCCCAUUAACAAAAAAGCAACUAUUUUAGCAAUUAUCAAAUGCAUUAGCUUUUUCAGAUUCUAAAAAAGAAAAAAAUGCAAAAAAGCAACUAAAAAAGCAAUUGCCAAACCCCACCUUAAUCCCAAAGGUUAGUUCUGUACUCAAUCAACAUCUCCUAGACUCCCAUCCAAUGGGAACUAAAUUGGGCCCAACUUUUUUUGUCCGAGACUGGUAUAUAUAUUUUAGCAUUCAUUCUAUUGAACUUCAUGAACCCUCUUGCAGUGGGAGAAGUUUUUUGUCUUUUUGGUAAACUACCAUUGCAAUGUGGUUAACUAAUUACACUCUUGUUUAGGAACAAGAUGAUCUAAUUUCCGAGAAACCAAUGCAAGAAUCUCCAAAUUCAAGUACUUCUCAGAUUGAGAAAGGGUUCGGCAAUCACAGCAAUCUGAAGAUUACACCAACAGGUGCUGUUUUAUCACAAAGGACAAGCCCUGGGAUUAUAGCAGCAGCAGAAAAUUCAAGCUUUCUAAGCAAUGUAAAUCAACACAAAGGUUUGCAAUCGACAACCAUAGCAGCAGGUUAUCCCUCAGAAUCUCAAAUGAUUGGCAGUGAAUAUAAGAGCUUUCACCAGGCCAUGUGGUCACUCACAGCUAACUCAGAAGCUUUAGCGAAGACUCAUCAAAGUGCACAAUAUGCAACCACUUGUUCACUUCCUUCAGCCUUCAGUGCUCUACAGUCUCCAGGAAACCUUUGUCAGAGUGUGCCUUCAUCUUUUAAACCAAAAUCACUGGGGGCUCCAAGAGCUGCACGAAAGAAUGCAACCGGCUUUUUUGGUUCUGCAACUUAUAAAAAAUCAAAGAAGUACCGGAGUUUAGAAAAUUUUCAAGUAUCUGCAAGUGCCAGUCAGUCACUGCCUAGCAAGACAGGACGACAGUUUCAAUGGGCACAAAUGGCACAAGAUGAAUAUCACUUGAAACGGAGACUUAUUAAUGCCUUUGGUCAAUCCAGUAUAACAAAUGGUGCAUGCAAUUCAAGUUCUAUGGUGGGAAAUUCUGAACAAGGGGCAAAGGAAUCUCUUGCUAUAACUAACACUUUCGGCAUCAAAACUGCUCUGUCGUCAUAUGCAAGUGGAACUCUCCUAGAAAGACCACCUGAUGGAUAUGUGAAGGCUUGGGAGGGAGAUUUGACAACAAACGAAAAAGGACAAACUGUGGUUGUCAAUAGACUGGUGGCCUACAGGAAGAAAACAACUUCAGAGAUGCUUGUCGCCAACUGGCCAAAGACACUACACAUGGAACGGCUUAUAGCUAAGCCUCCCGUUGAUGACACGUAUGGCACAAACAAAACCUCAAUAGUCCACUUGUUUAUAGAAUUUCCUUGGCAACUUUAUGUUUAAAAUUGGUUAAGAAUUAUCAACUAAUGUUGGCUUUCUACUUAUCAGCCGACAUGAGGGCGAAGUGGAGUAUCUCAUCGUUGAUGCAAUGAAUCAUCAAUCAAAACUCGACCAACUAGAAGAAAAUAGGAUGGUGAGUACUCUGCCAGAAAAUUUUCCUCCGUCAUUUGUAAAUCUGCAUUUUUUUCUAUACAGUUUCCUUACUUUUCUAGAGAAAUAUUCAAAUUUCUCAUUAUGAUAGUUUAAAUUUUUGCUAUUAAUGUUUGGCACAUUUCUCUAAAUUAUAGUUUACAUUAAUGAUGAAAUGCUAACUACUUUGUCUUCCGAAAUAACCGCAAAAUUACUUCAUAACAUUCGUUCUUGUAUAAGAAAAUUAAAAAGAGUCUAGGAUAUUAAUCUUUCAAGGAUUUUUCUCCUAACCACACAUCAGUCUAAAAUCUAGUUGAUUCCCUUAACCAACUUUGAUUAGCAAACCUCCCUUCAAGAUAUUCUACAGCACAAAAUCCUUCGUACCUUUUUUUGAUAACUCGGGCCCAUUUGACCAACUAAUUCGGGGACCAAUCCCACCAUCUACUUGUAGGGGUCACAAUUAACGCUAGGGCAACUGGCCCAAGAAAUUGUUUGCACCUAAGAGGUUUCGAGCCAAAGACAUUGGAGGGAGCACACCCCCAGGACCCAAGUCUUGAACACCAGACCAACCCCUUGAAAUUAAAAAAAAAAUCCUUAGUACCUAAGAUACAAUGUCCUUCAAUAUCUUAAAACCCUUUUCAAGAUUUCCAAGGUAAGCAACCAGACAUGUGGAGAAUACCUAUAUUUCUCAAGCACCACCCCACACCAAAGAGAGCUUUUGUUGCAACUUCAAACCUCCACCAUGAUGCUAAAUUCUUAAUCAUCCACACCCCCAUUUUUCUUAUUCAAAGUGACAAUAUUCCAAAUGAUUGGAUGCUUUUCUUUCUAGGGACAAUUACUUGUCAGUGGCAAUUUGUGAAAAUUAUUACAUAUGCAUGGAGAAUUUUAUAAUUUUAAUUAUUAAUAUUGAUAAAGUUUAUCAUUAAUUUAUAAUUAUUUUUCAAAUUCUACAUUGAUUUGAAAUUCUCCCUUCUUUUUAUCAUCACUAUCACCCCACAAAAAGCAUCUUUGAAGAUUUUCCGACUCCUCAGCUAGACUCACCGGUAACCUAAUAAAUCAGCAAGUUUGACAAAAAAGACUUAAUAAGUGUAAUCCUCCCAUCAAUAGAUAAUACUAUUGAUACAAUUACCACUAAAAUAUAAAGCAACUCUGAGGUAGUUCAAAUUGUAUUUUCAAAUAAAAAGUUUGAGUUAAUGAUGCUACUGAAGUCCUAUAAUUUCCUAGCGCAUGCAAUAUAACACACUAGCAUAUGUCUAUAUACUUCUUGAUUUUGAUCAAAGGGUUUGGUAGAUUUCAUCAUUGCACCAAGGUGCCCACAUGGUUAUUUGUAAUACCAUGGCACCAUAUUAGAAGUGCACAAACAUCCAAUGCUGCUCUGUAUUUUUUUCUUUUUGGACUGCAUUGAUCUUCUAAUUCUAACAAAAUGUACCAACAAUGCUGAAGAUAUAUAUUAAUUUCUAUUGGUUUCAGAGUGCCUAUAUAAAGCUGCCACAGCAAACUUUAAUACUUUCUGUUUCCAUCGAGAAGUUGCGCUUCAUUGGUAUGCUUUAUAAUGGGGUAAGAUUUUGCAUUACUUAACGCCAUAUUAUGUACUUGGAUCAAUUUUGUCAAUUUGAAUUAAGUUGCUUGUUUAUUUUGGACACAGGAUUUUGCUGUAUUUAAGCAUCAAAUGUUCGAUGUGCUGAUGCAGCAAUAAAAAGGAACGGAGAACAAACAGCGAAAUCAGCCUCAACAAAAUCCUUCAGCAAGUAAAUGAAUAAAAAUCACUGAGAUUUUGUGUUUACUUAGGAUUUCAUUUUCCAGUGAAAAAAAAAAAAAAAACUGGACUUCCUAUGGGUCCUUGUAAUUAUAAAAAAGAGGCUUUUGUUAUCCAUUAACCAUAUGGAAAAUGCCAUAUGUGGUGCAUCUCUUUCUUGUUGGGUUGAAAGUUUAGUAUAUUAUCUAGGUUUAAAGGAUUUUAAAUAAAUCAUGUCAUUGUAAACUGUAGCAGAACUCUACAACCGUCACAUUCUUUGACAGUUCUUUCACAAAUUGAUCUUAUUGACAAAACUGCAUGCAUUGCUAAGAAGCACACACACGACACGAACACAAGGACACAUAAAUCUUCAAAAAAUGCAUGACACAACACGUGUAGGACACGUGCAAAACAUAUAAUUUUAUAUAUAUUUUUUUAUUUCAUAUAUUCUAAAAUAUUAUAAAUUUAUUCUAUGUCAAAUAUUUAUUCUGAUCAAACCUUGGGUAUGAAACUUUUGUGAAAAAAAAGUGGGACACUGCGUGUCCCCAACAUGUCUGUUGCGUGUCACUUCCUCCAGCAUGUCCGACACGUGUCCGGAGCAUGACUAGCACUUGUUCGUGUCCGAUACAUGUCGGACAUCUGUACAUGACCUCAGGAGAGGUGUCCGUGCUUCAUAGUUGCAUUGUGUUUGUGACAAAGAAUAAUAAAUAUAGAGUGGAUUGUUUUCUUAUGUUUACUGUUAUCUAUGCUGGAGUUAACCUUUGGUGUGCACUAUUAUUAUUUAGCAAGGCUUUGUGUUCUUGUAGAGUUCAUAUCAUCCUGUAGUCAAAUAAGUUAUUUAAAUAGAGUUUAUUUCUCACUCCGGACCAAGAUUUUCCUAUAGCACCAAUUACACAAUUCGUAAGAUCAUAUACAUAGCAAAUUCCGGAACGGAAAAUGCAUGUUCAGGAUUAAUCAAACAUAAUUUGCGGUGAGUUCUUUUAGAAAUAAUUUAUUUCAACACUAAUCACGCACUUCCACUUAUAUGAUGAUAUGUUCAAUAAAAUCAGUUAAAUUUUCAGUGAUGCUAUGUUUGGGUCCUGGAUUUAUGAAGGGAAAGGAAAAUAAAAAAACUUUGAAUACAAUGCAUUUGAUGGGGAAAAAAAAUUUGUAGGAAAUAUUUAAUUCAAUCUAUGACAUAAUCAUCAAACCAUACUCUGUGCCCUAUUGAGGCAUACUCAUCAAACAAUUCAGUGGCUAAGGCAUUCAUAGUACAUCCCUGUUUGACUAAACACUCAAGUAAGAGACAU